UCUUGAUGAUUGUCCCAUGUUUGUUACGAGAAACUGGUUUCAAGGGUUUCUGAUCUCAGAUCUAAUUCCAAAUAACAGAGUUGUUGCAGUUUCCAUGUUCUGUUUAUAUUGAAUCUGUAAUUGUUUUCCUGUUUGGAUUCAAUUCUUACCUUCCUGUCUAGAAUAAAGUCCUACUACAUGUCGUCAAGUACUUAAUUCUCUGACUUAUAGAUUCAGAAGAUCCAUAAUAUUCUUUCCUAUUCAACUUCCUCUUCAAUCCUGCGUGCCGUUCUAUAUAUAAACCUCUCAGAACACAAAGCUUUCUCGUACCAAACAACUGUAGGUUUACUUCAUAAGCUAAAUUAUUCAAAUUCUUAAUUUUUGUUGAGCUGAUUUAAGAAUGGAGCAGCUUGUUCUACCAUCUGGGUACAGGUUUAGACCAACAGAUUCAGAAUUAAUUCUUUAUUAUUUGAAGAAUAAGAUACUGGGAAAAGAACUUCCUGUUAAUAUAAUCCCCACCAUUGAUGUUUUCUCCUGCAACCCAGAUCAGCUUCCAUUGAGUGAAUUUACGCAUGGAAUGCCAAACGAACGGUAUUUCUUUUCCAACAGAAGAAAAGGCAGAAUUUUAACGGAAGAUGGUUUCUAUCAUGUCUCUUCUACUGGAUCCAUCUACGACAAGAAUAAACUUGUUGGUUUUGUAAGAACACUCGAUUUCUACCAUGGAAGGCCUAAUAAAGGAAUUAAAUCUAAAUGGACUGUACAUGAGUUUAGGGUUAAUCCUCAAGUCUUUCAAGAAGACGAAGAUGCUCAAGAAAAUGUAAAUUUAAUUUGCUUUUUGUUUUAAUUUUUUUAUGUGAUUUCUGAAUUAUAAUUUUACAUGUUGUAUAACCUUGUUAAUUUUUUUUUUCAG